AUGUCAGUCAGUCAGUCAAUCGAGUUGAACGGAACAUUUGCCCAUCUCAUUGAGCAAACCUUGAAAUUAAGCGAGCGUUCACCUUUUGAUGGCUCUUGUUGUGGGGGUUAUACGGGAGGUGAUGAUACGAAAUCAUGUAGCAGUGACAGUGAACCAACUCCUUCACCAAGAUAUCGUGUUGUUAUGCUCGGUGAUUCAGCAACUGGGAAAACAGCACUAGUUAAUCAAUUUAUGACCUCAGAGUAUAUGCAUACUUACGAUGCAUCCCUUGAUGAUGAAUUUGGAGAGAAGACUGUAAGCAUUCUACUAGAUGGAGAAGAAUCUGAAAUGAUUUUUAUUGAUCAUCCUGCAAGUGAAAUGAGUGUAGAAAACUCGCUAUCAACUUAUGAACCGCAUGCUUGUAUCAUUGUUUAUUCCAUCGUUCAGAAAAGUUCGUUUCGGUGUGCCGAAGAGAUAUUGAAUUACUUAUGGCGUGAGAAUGUAACAAAAGAUAAGGCUGUUAUUGUUGUUGGUAACAAAGCUGAUUUGGCUCGUUCACGCGCCAUUUCGACUACAGAGGGUAAACAAUUAGCAGCAAGUAGAGACGUUAAAUUUAUUGAAACAUCAAGUGGAAUACAACACAAUGUAGAUGAAUUGCUUGUUGGAAUAUUAAAGCAGAUUCGCCUGAAGGAAACUCGUGAAAAGAAGCAAUCAUCGUCAAAGAUGAAGAAUUCUCGCACUCAUUCAUCUCUUCAUAUGGCCAAAGAGAUUCUUCAGAAGAUUUGCUUCAGUCAACUCGACAUUUCCAAAUCGAAGAGUUGUGAAAAUUUACAUGUCUUAUAA